GUCUCUCUUGCUUCACUGCUGCACCGUACGGUACACGCACGGUACCGUACCGCAUCCUUCCCUGCGAUUGUCGUUUCGCUUGCGCCCCGCCCCGWUUGCAGCCAUGGACGACCGCCGAAGCCAUCGCCAUCGCCAUCGCCCCGGUGCAGGAAUCGGGAGCACCGCCCUUGUUCUGGUGCUGCUGCUGCCACUGCUGCCGCCGCUGCUGUUGGCCCUUGCACCCCAUCGGUCCGUCUCCGCCUUUGCCUUUCGGCAGCCGGCCGUUCCUUUCUCCGCUUCGCCCGCGGCGGCCGGCCGGCAAGGCUCCCUCCCCCGCGGCACGGCGCUAASGCUUGCUUCCGAACCAAACUCCAGCGGGGAUUCGUCGUCCGGGGACGGAMAACACGGACCCCCGUUGUUCCGCUUCCGGCGUGCGACCCCCGCGGACGUGGCCCCUUGCUUCGAGAUCGAGUCGGCCUCCUAUCCCCCGGACGAGGCCGCCAGCCUGCGGGCCCUGGCCGACCGCCAGUCCCUCGCGGGGGACUACUUCUUGGUGUGCACCGAAGAAACCACCGGUGCGGUGGCCGGCUUUGUCUGCGCGACGCGGUGCCACGCCUUCACGGAGGCCUCCAUGUCGGAGCCCCACGACCCGGCCGGCCGCCUCCUGGCCGUCCACAGCGUCGUCGUACGGGAGGACMACCGCCGGAAGGGCCUGGCCACGGAGAUGCUCGSCCGGUAUUUCGAGGGCAUUGCUUCCUCGGAAGACGGUGCCGACGCCUCGGAACAGCCCCCCAUCGAGUCCGUCGUCUGCAUCGCCAAGGAGCACCUCCUGGGCUUUUACGUCCGCUGCGGGUUCCGGGUCAACCGGCCGAGCCCGAUCGUCCACGGCAGGGAGCUCUGGUACGACCUGGAACGGGAGCUCCGCACCCCAAACAAAGAAGAGUCGUCGUCGUCGUCGUCGUCGGCGGCGGCGGCGGCAGCCCCCAGGACCCGCCCGGGCCCCGGCGAGUCCUGGUUUUGCAAGACGGAGCGCUUCAAGCCCUCCCUGUCCUUUCCGGAGAUCAAGCCCCACCUGGAGGCCCACUCGGAAUGGGUCCGGUCGCUCCGGUCGUCGGGGGAAGCCUGCAUCGUCUCGGGAUACCGCGUGGACGCCGACGGCAGGCCCGGCGGGGGCGGGCUCAUGUUCCUGGCCGCGGCCUCCCACGAGGAGGCCCUGGAGCUCGUGCGGAAGGACCCCCUGGUCGCCAACGGGUGCGUCGACUGGGAGCUGAACGGCUGGAUCGGCCAGGUCGGGGGCAUCCGCGCRGAGUAAGGAAACGAAGCGACRCACCGCGCCACGGCCACGCGGCGAGRACGAUGCGUGCCCRACACCRARUCCUACCACUAGAGAGUCGAUGGAAUGCCGUAAUUUGCAGUAUAGUAUCAU